CGGCGCGCGCGUCCCGGGGCUUCCUCGCGGUGCUGGGGAGCAGAUUCUUUAUUCCUAUGUGUAUUGACCAAAGUUUAAUGAGAAGAACUGUGCCCAGCUAGGAGAAUUUGCUUCAAGAAAUGGAAUUAUCUCAUAGCUUAUUGCUGAAUGAAGAAGCGUGCAAUCAACUAGGUGAUGUUCAGAAGGCUGAGUUUAUUUUUGAGUGGUUGAGAUACUUGGAGAAGCUCUUGCUAGCAACCAGCAGGAAUGAUGUAAGGGAGAAACAGAAGACUCUUGUUGAACAGCUCCUAUCUUUGUUGAACAGCUCCCCAGGACCUCCUACUCGUAAACUCCUUGCUAAGAAUCUAGCCAUAAUUUAUAGUAUUGGAGACACAUUCUCUGUUUAUGAGACAAUCGAUAAAUGUAAUGAUCUUAUUCGUAGCAAAGAUGAUUCUCCAAGUUACCUUCCCACCAAACUUGCUGCUGUUGUGUGUUUGGGUUCCUUGUACAAGAAGUUGGGUAGAAUACUAGGUAACACCUUUGCUGAUACAGUGGGGAAUAUUCUUAAGGCUAUGAAGAGUGCAGAGUCUCAAGGUCGAUAUGAAAUUAUGCUAAGUCUGCAAAAUAUCUUGAAUGGGCUAGGAGCUGCUGCUACACCUUGCCAUAGAGAUGUUUACAAGGCUGCUAGAUCCUGCCUCACAGAUAGAUCAAUGGCAGUUCGAUGUGCUGCUGCAAAGUGUCUUCUUGAACUUCAGAAUGAAGCCAUCUUCAUGUGGAGCACAGACCUGGACAGUGUGACUACACUAUGUUUUAAGUCUUUUGAAGGUUCUAAUUACGAUGUACGGAUUGCAGUUUCAAAACUGUUGGGCACAAUCUUAGCUAAAGCUAUCAUUUCUAAACCUCCAGGCUCAGCAGCCUCCCGUCAAAGUAUCCGCAGAAUAUCUCUGGAAGAAGUUCUGGAAUUACUAGGAACAGGAUUUCUACGUGGCAGUUCAGGAUUUCUUCGAGCCAGUGGUGAUAUGCUGAAAGGAACCAGUUCUGUCAGCAGAGAUGUUCGAGUUGGAGUUACUCAGGCAUAUGUGGUAUUUAUCUCAACAUUAGGAGGAGUGUGGCUAGAGAAAAAUUUUGCUGUCUUUCUUUCUCACCUCCUGAGCCUUGUGUCACAGUUACAUCCGAAAGCCACCCAAACACAGGUUGAUGCCGUCUGCUGUCGACGAUGUGUUUCCUUUAUUCUUCGAGCUACUAUAGGAGGCCUUCUUGGAGAAAAGGCUCAAAUUGCUGCUGCAAAGGAGAUCUGCCAGGCUAUAUGGAAGCUAAAAAAAGUUGCAGAUGCUGUAUUAAGUGAUGGUAAUUUGGAAACCCGGCUCAGUUCCACAGAUGUAGCUGCCAACCAGCAUAUGCUGGUAUGUGCUUUACAAGAACUUGGAAACCUCAUAUACAAUCUUGGUACCACAGCCGCACCUUUGUUUCAGGAUUCUUGCACAGGCCUUCUUGACAGUGUCAUUUCAGUAAUUCCUCACCCUAGCAAUUGUGUUCGACUAGCAGCAGCUUGGUGUUUGCACUGCAUUGCUGUGGCAUUACCUUCAUACCUGACACCUCUAUUAGAUCGUUGCCUUGAAAGACUUACUGUCCUUAAGUCUUCACCUGAAGCAGUGACUGGCUUUAGUUUUGCUGUGGCGGCUUUGCUGGGAGCAGUGAAACAUUGUCCUUUAGGAAUUCCUCAUGGAAAGGGCAAGAUUAUUAUGACAUUGGCAGAGGAUUUGCUAUGUUCUGCUGCUCAAAAUAGUCGCCUGUCAGCUCAACGCACACAAGCUGGAUGGUUGUUGAUUGCUGCUCUGAUGACAUUAGGUCCUGCGGUUGUCACUCACCACCUUGCUCGAGUUCUACUGUUGUGGAAGUGUGUCUUUCCAGCAUCUCCUAAAGAUCUAGAAACAGAAAGGAACCGAGGAGAUUCGUUUACGUGGCAAGUGACCCUGGAAGGACGAGCUGGUGCUCUCUCUGCUAUCAAGAGUUUUGUUUCCCACUGUGGUGAUCUCCUCACUGGGGAAGUAAUUCAGCAUCUCCUUCUACCACUUCCUUGUGCUGUGGAUUUGCUAACUCAGCUUUCUUCAAUACUAAAAACAUAUGGAAGUCCAUUGAAAACACCAUCAAUAGUUUAUAGACAAAGACUUUAUGAACUACUGAUUUUAUUACCUCCUGAAACCUAUCAAGGAAACUUCUGUACUAUCCUCAAAGAGCUGACUGCUGACCUAACUGCCCCUGAUAUCCAGGUGGCCGCCUCUUCCUGUUUACUUCCACCCCUUUGUCAUCAGGAUGAUCUUUUGAUAUUAAGUCCUUUGCUACAAGAGACUGACCAUAAAUUCAUUGAAGAACAGCUCCUGCUUGGUAAUGGUGUUGCUUGUGGAAGUCUUGAAUAUGACCCUUAUUCGAUUUAUGAGGAUAUAGAAGGAGAUUCUGUGCCUAAACCCCUACCUCCAACACUGUCAGUUAUUAGUUCUGCAUCCAAGCUCUUUGGGGUUGUCUGUGCUCAUGUGGAAGAUGCUCAGAGGCUUCUUAUAUUGGAACAGCUUUUGAACAGUAUAAAGCACACAAAAGGAGUUCGUCAGCAAGUAGUUCAGCUGCAUGUUGUUUCUUCUAUUUCUAAUUUCUUGAAGUACCUGGCUGGCUCCAAGGGAAGUUUAAGUCCAGAAGAAAUAAGAAGAGUUGUCCUAACAUUAGUAAUGGGAGCCCUAGAAAGUACCAACCCCCUUUUGAGAUGUACAGCCGCAGAAGCCUGGGCUAGAUUAGCCCAAGUGGUUGAUGAUGGAGUUUUUACUGCCGGGUUAGCUCAAGUUAGCUUUGAAAAAUUGAAGUCAGCAAGGGAUGUGGUUACCAGAACAGGAUAUUCACUAGCCUUGGGAUCCUUGUAUAGGUAUUUAGGAGGAAUAAGUUCUUCUCAACAUUUGAAUUCUUGCAUUGGAAUCCUCUAUACUUUGUCUCAGGACAGCACCUCUCCUGAUGUGCAGACCUGGGCACUACAUUCUCUGUCAUUAAUCAUUGACUCUGCGGGUGCACUCUACUAUGUGCAUGUAGAACCCACCCUUUCGCUCAUUAUCCUGUUGUUGUUAAAUGUGCCUCCAACUCAUGCUGAAGUCCACCAAAGUCUAGGUCGCUGCUUGAAUGCCCUCAUUACCAUGUUAGGUCCAGAGCUACAAGGUAACAAUACUUCAGUUUCAAUGUUAAGGACUUCUUGUCUGUUGGGUUGUGCAGUGAUGCAGGAUAACCCAGGCUGUCUUGUUCAGGCUCAGGCCAUCUCUUGCCUUCAGCAGCUGCACAUGUUUGCUCCACGACAUGUCAACUUGUCUAGCCUGGUUAACAGCCUCUGUGUGAAUCUUUGUAGUCCCUACUUGUUACUAAGAAGAGCCGUUCUGGCUUGUUUGCGUCAACUUGUACAAAGAGAAGCAGCUGAAGUUUCAGAACAUGCUGUUGUGCUUGCUAAGGAUAGCAGAGAAGAGUUGACUCCAGAUGCUAACAUCAAAGAAAUGGGCCUUGAAGGGGCAUUAUUGACUUUACUAGACAAAGAGACAGAUCAGAGAUUAUGUCAAGAUAUCAAAGAGACUUUAAAUCACAUGCUUACAUCCAUGGCAGUGGAAAAACUCUCCUUUUGGCUAAAGCUUUGUAAAGAUGUACUUGCUGCAUCUGCAGAUUUUACAGGAGUAACUUGUGUGGAUGCAGUGCAAGAGGAAGAAGGAGACAGAGGUGAUGAUGCGUCAGUCCUGACCACCAGAAGCAAUGAAAAAUCACACCCUUUUACAAAUCCCCGAUGGGCCACUCGGGUCUUUGCUGCUGAAUGUGUCUGUAGGAUAAUUAAGCAGUGUGAGAAUGCAAACAGAGCACAUUUUGACAUUGCCCUAGCACAAGAAAUGAAAAAGAGAGACUCAAGAAAUGACUUUUUGGUGCUUCAUCUUGCUGACCUAAUUCGAAUGGCUUUUAUGGCUGCCACAGAUCACAGUGACCAGCUCCGUCUUUCUGGCCUUGAAACACUAUUAGUUGUUAUUCGACAGUUUGCAGCUAUUCCAGAACCAGAGUUUCCGGGUCAUGUGAUUCUAGAACAGUAUCAAGCCAAUGUAGGAGCAGCACUUAGACCAGCCUUCACUUCAGAUACACCACCUGACGUCACUGCCAAAGCAUGUCAGGUUUGCAGUGCCUGGAUAGCAAGUGGAGUUGUAAGUGAUCUUAAUGAUCUCCGAAGAGUUCAUCAGUUGCUUGUUUCAUCAUUAACAAAAAUACAGGCUGGAAAAGAAGCUUUAAGUCACUUAUAUAAUGAAAGUGCUUCUACCAUGGAGAUCUUAGCUGUGCUGAAAGCCUGGGCAGAGGUAUACAUAAUUGCUGUUCAAAGACAUAAAAACCACAAACAAAUUUCAAAGCCUACCACCUGUUUAGAAGGACUUCUUGAGUUAGUCUAUACAGACCUUGGCACACUAAGCAAACUCUGGCUUGCUGCACUUCAGGAUUUUGCUCUCUUAACUUUGCCUUCAGAAUUUGCCUCCCAACUUCCUGAUGAAGGUGGUGCUUUCUACACGGCAGAGACUAGCGAAAAUGCAAAAUUGCAUUAUCACAACUCCUGGGCACUCAUCCUCCAUGCUGCAGCUUUGUGGCUGACAGGCACAGGUUUUGCUGUUGCUGAGCCAGAUGAAGGCACAGCUAAUCUCUCCAGGCCUGUAACACCAACUUCCAUGUGCCAAGACUCAUCAUCCAAGGCUACAGUGAAGUCCCCUGAGGAUGUCUACACUGAUAGGUUCCAUCUAAUUUUAGGCAUCAGUGUGGAAUUUCUGUGUUCAUUACGCUCGGAUGCAACCAUGGAAAGCAUUACUGCUUGUUUACAUGCAUUGCAGGCCCUUCUGGAUGUUCCUUGGCCAAGAUCUAAGAUUGGCAGUGAUCAGGACUUGGGUAUUGAGUUGCUGAAUGUUCUACACCGCGUAAUUUUGACCAGAGAAUCCCCUUCUAUUCAACUGGCUUCACUUGAAGUGGUAAGGCAGAUUAUCUGUGCAGCUCAAGAACAUGUGAAAGAAAAAAGACGAAGUGCAGAAGUUGAUGAUGGUGCUGCUGAAAAGGAAACCCUGCCAGAAUUUGGAGAGGGCAAGGACACGGGAGGACUUGUGCCUGGAAAGUCUUUGGUCUUUGCAACGCUAGAACUAUGUGUGUGCAUUCUAGUUAGACAACUCCCAGAACUUAAUCCUGAAUUGACAGGUAGCUCAGGAGUCAAAGUUACAAAGCCACAGUUGCUGUCAGAAGAUGGAAGUAGAUUAGUUUCAGCUGCAUUGGUUAUCCUUUCGGAACUUCCUACAGUGUGCUCUCCUGAAGGAAGCAUCUCAGUUCUCCCUACUAUAUUAUACCUCACAAUUGGAGUACUCAGAGAAACUGCUGUGAAGUUGCCAGGGGGCCAAUUAUCUUCUACAGUUGCAGCUUCCCUACAGGCUCUGAAAGGAAUAUUAUCUUCCCCUAUGGCCAGAGCAGAAAAGAGCCAUACUGCAUGGACUGACCUCCUCCGGAGUGCUCUAACAACAAUUCUUGACUGCUGGGAUCCAGUUGAUGGAGCACAUCAAGAACUUGAUGAAGUCAGUCUGCUUACUGCUAUCACAGUGUUUAUUUUGUCUACCACUCCAGAAGUAACUACCAUCCCAUGCCUUCAGAAACGUUGUAUUGAGAAAUUUAAAGCUACCCUUGAGACAAAAGAUCCUAUGGUACAAAUCAAGACAUAUCAGCUCCUACAUUCCAUUUUUCAGUAUCCAAAUCCAACUGUUUCCUACCCAUACAUUUAUUCUUUAGCAUCUUCUGUCGUGGAAAAACUUCAGGAAAUAGACAAGAGAAAACCUGAAGACACUACUGAGCUUCAGAUCUUUCAAGAAGGCAUAAAGGUCCUGGAAACAUUGGUUACUGUUGCUGAAGAACAAUAUCGCUCUCAGCUGGUGGCCUGUCUUCUGCCCAUCCUCAUCUCCUUCCUUUUGGAUGAGAAUGCUCUCGGAUCCGCAACUUCAGCAAUGAGAAAUUUACAUGACUUCGCUUUGCAAAAUCUUAUGCAGAUUGGGCCUCAGUAUUCAUCAGUUUUUAAAAAUGUAAUGACUUCUACUCCAUCCCUGAAAGCCCGCCUUGAGGCUGCCAUAAAGGGUAAUCAUGAGAGUGUCAAAGUCAAGUUACCAUCUUCUAAACAUACUGUAAACCCUGGAAAGAAUUCCAGCAUCCAAUUAAAAACCAAUUUCCUCUGAUUUUUUUUUUAGUAAUCACCUUAUAUUAAUAUUUAAUCGUUUCUUUUUCUUUGAGGACAAAUAUGAAAUUAUUGAUUCAAGUGCACUUGAAGGGCUACUUGAUUAUUUUAACUUUAAGAGCUGUGACUUUACAAGCUGAUAGCAAACACUAUUUUUUGUAAGCUUUUUUUUUCCAUUUAAUAAGACCAUAGAACUGUCAGGAUACUUGCCAGGAAUUUCAAGAGAGUACCAGAAACAAAAUUUACCAAGCCAUCCACUGCUUUAAAAGUGAAAUAGAUUUCUUCUAACAACUCAUGUAUACACACAGUAUACUUUACUCUGUGAGAGAUAUAAAUUUCAAUCUAGUAUAAAUUACCUGCACUUAUUUUGUAUCCUUGUUGCUAAUUUAAAACUCUGCCUUGUUCAGUAAUAGCAUUAAACUUGCUUGGAUUUCUUAAGCAAGAUAACUGAUUGGGAAGCUAUUGAGAAAACCUGGUCUAGAAAUACCCAAUAUGUAGUGGUACAAAUUAAUUUCAACCCUACUUAAGAUUUGGUGUCUACAUCAUAACUUUUCACCAUCUUUUGAGUUACCAUAUAUUGUGUUCACAAAAUGAAAGUUUUACUUACUUUAAAUAGAAGAGAACAUCUCUAGUUCAAUGUUUUUCAAGGGGAUUUUCUGUUAUCUCUGUUUCUAACAGUUUUGUUCAUUUUCAGUUGUGGCAAUUGUUUACCUAUAGGUUAAUAAGGAUGCCAAAUUUAGUACAAUAAAUUUAGAUCAUCAACGAAUACAAAUACUUUUUCAACAUAAAACAUUUUACUCUAUAAAACUUCUAAUGGAAAAGUCAUACUAGUUGAAUGGUAUUUUUAGCUCUUCAAUAUCUUUAACUCUACUUUCAUUUCAGUAUUAUACUCUGAAUUAAACACUAUGUCAAAUAAGAGUUUUUCCCUGUUAAAAAUGACAAAAUUUAGUCAGGCACAUUGGCUCACGCCUAUAAUCCUAGCUACUUAGGAACCUGAGAUCUG